AUGGCCAAGCUGCAGAACUUCACUUGGGCAGUGGAAGAUAUUUUCAAGGACUUCCUCAACUACAUGAACAGCUGGAGGAGGAACAUGACAGAAGCAGCGAAUAAACUGCAGGCUGAGGUGGCUGCUGAAAACUUUGACUACGUUAUCCUGUACCUGAUGGUGAUGAUUGGGAUGUUCUCCUUCAUCAUCGUGGCCAUCCUGGUGAGCACUGUGAAAUCCAAGAGGAGGGAGCACUCCAAUGAUCCCUAUCACCAGUACAUCGUGGAGGACUGGGGGGAGAAGUACAAAACCCAGGUUCUGAACCCAGAAGAUCUCAAGUGUGUGAUCCAUGAAAACCUGGGGGCAAGGGAUAAAACAAGCCCAGAGUCACCUUGACUUUCUGGGAAUGCCAGCAGUGAGGGGCUCAUGGAGUCACACAGAGGGAACUCACUGGAAUUCCAAAGAGCUGUGGAGGUGUUGAUUAAAUUUACACACUGGAAUUCCAAAGGGCUGUGGAGGUGUUGAUUAAAUUUACACA